AUGUCGUGGCAGACGUACGUCGAUACCAACCUCGUGGGCACCGGUGCCGUGACCCAGGCCGCUAUCCUCGGCCUCGACGGUAACACCUGGGCCACCUCUGCCGGCUUCGCCGUGACCCCCGCCCAGGGCACCACCCUCGCCGGUGCCUUCAACAACGCCGACGCCAUCCGCGCUGGUGGUUUCGAUCUCGCUGGUGUCCACUACGUGACCCUCCGCGCUGAUGAUCGUUCCAUCUACGGUAAGAAGGGCGCCGCCGGUGUCAUCACCGUCAAGACCUCCAAGGCCAUCCUCGUGGGCGUCUACAACGAGAAGAUCCAGCCCGGUACCGCCGCCAACGUCGUCGAGAAGCUCGCUGACUACCUCAUCGGCCAGGAUAAGCGUGCGGAGCCCUGA